AGCGGCACAGGCGACAUGGGCAGCGGACUUACAGAUAGUCAGCGGCAGAUUGUGGCUCGCGUGCCGCUGAAGGAGAUGGUGGGAUACUUGAACCAUCUCAGGGCGUUGACGGGCGGGAGAGGCACCUUUGUGAUGAGUGUGGAUGGGUUUGAGAAGAUGGGGAGUCAGCGGCAGAAGGAGGUUUUGGAUAGCAUGCGGGACUUUUAAAAUUGGCGCGUGAUUGUAACGCGGCGCUUGGACUGUACAAGAGUGUAAGAUAAGAGUAAUGGCUUGAGUCUGUAACUCUCCCAAAGUGAAAGCUGCGAUGUGUUUACCAACACCGCUUCACCUGCACACCCCAGCGACACAGCAGUUCUCACACUCACAAUACCACCAUCCAAACCCACUGUGCUCAAGUCCCCUCUACUACCUUACAGUCCAGCCAGUCUCCUCCCGCGACACUCGCCAACAACCCAUGCCCCCAACCAGACACUAAAAUUCAACUCAGCAAAAUGACAUACCACAUUCCUGCCUCGCACGCCAUCGUGCUGACCCUCGUCCUGGUCGUCGCAUUCACCAUAUUCUUCUCCUGGUGUCUGUACAGCAGCUGCAGCCGAGCGGUCGACGCCGAGUUCGCCGAGCUACAAGAGCAGCGGCAGGCUGCUCCAGCCUGAAAACAGGGAGACACGAGAUGAACGGGAAGCGCGAACAAGGUGUCGGGCCCGACGGAUGAGCGAGG